UCAGGGUUUACAGGAGCGAGAUAACAAGGCGAGCGCUGUGCAGCAGGAAGUCAAGCUGUAUCUCCGAACUGCGCAUGCGCCGCAGCUCUCCUCAAUCUAGCGCUGCGUUUCUCUCCAUAAAACGAUGAACGUACUCCUGGAUAGCUGUCCUAUGAAAGCAGCCCCCCCGUGCUCUCUGCUCUGAGCGUGAUGGCGACCGCCGGAGAGGUGACGGUGUCCUUGGCCGAGGUGGUGAUGGUGAAGGCUGAAGACUGUGACCCAGAUGACCCAAACAAGACUCAGGUCAUCCUCCAGCUGCAGCCCAUCCCCACCGGAGAAGAAUCUGCUGAAACAGACGCAGCCGUCAUGACGGUUGAAGCACAUGAAGAACAAACUGACGGAGAUGACGUUGAAAUCGGCUGUCCCAUAACUUGCGGAGACUGUAAAGCUUUGCUGCUGGUGAAGAAGUUUGUUUGCCCGGGGAUCAACGUUAAAUGUGUAAAGUAUGAAGACCAGCUGAUCAGCCCCAAGCAGUUUGUGCACAUUUCUGGAAAAGCCACUCUGAAGGACUGGAAGAGAGCCAUCAGGAUGGGGGGGGUCAUGCUGCGAAAAAUGAUGGAUUCGGGUCAGCUGGACUUCUAUGAGCACAACACGCUGUGCACCAACACGUGUCGCAGCACCAAGUUUGACCUUCUGAUCAACAACACACGCUUCCCCCCCGACGGCACAGGCACCUCCUCUCAGGCUCAGUUGGUUCUGGGUAACGGCAGCACGGCGGGCGAGGACAGAGCCGAGACUCUGAGUGCCAAGAUGGACUGGAUCACCAGUUCACUGGAGGCUGCAGAGAAGAAGGAGACCAGCGAGAUCUCAGAGGACACGCUGAACUUCUGGAAGGGCAUUGCUGAUGUGGGUCUGCUGGGAGAGGUGGUGACCAACAUCAGCUCGGAGCUGCAGGAGCUGCUGAACGGGGUGAAGCAGCGCAGGGAGCCGGCGGCCCUACAGGACACAGAUUCCUGUCUGGUAGAGGUGGCGGUGCUCAGUAACCUGGCUCAGGUGUUCGGCCUGCUGGACUCAGUGAAGAGGAUCGUGGAGACGAGGAGGCAGCAGACGGACCCGAGCCAGGAGCAGGUCCUCUGCACGCUCAGCAACCUGGAGGUGCAGCUGGAGGACCAGAGGAAGCAGCAGCAGGUCCGGGCUCUGCUCUCCUGCCCUCAGCCCGCGGCCAAACAAAAACCCCCCCUAAGCGUCCGCCCCAAACGCCCCCGCCUGCAGAGACCCGCCUCCACCAGCGCCACCCUCCUCUCCUCCCCCAUCACCCAGCAGCAGACCCUGCAGCCCCAGCAGUUCACCGUGCUCUCCCCGAUUUCCCUCACCUCCAUGGGGCAGCCCUUCACCAUGGCCGGCCUCUCCUCCUCCAACACCGUCACGCUGCUGCCCGCCGGCUCGCAGCUCUUCACCCGCUACAUGCUGGCCGGGGACGGGAAGACGGACACCAUCACGCUGCACCCGUCAUCCGGCCUCACACUGCUGGGCACCGCGCUGCAGGACUCGGGGCAGCUGGGCACCAUGGUGAGCCCCGUGGAGCUGCUGCAGCUCACCCAGCAAGGGGGCGGAGAGGGGAUGGCCCUCGAGGGACAGAUGGUGGACGGAGCCAUGCUGGUGCAUCAGGAGGGCGAGGUGGGACAGGACCACACGGUCAUCGAGAUCAACCCGGCGCCCAUGGAGCAGGCGGUGAGCGUGAUGGAGCUGCAGCUGAGCGGGGACUCGGGUCAGGACGCCAUGAUGAUGCAGACCGGCAUGGAGGAGACGCAGUGCCAAAUGCAGGAGGUGCAGACUGGGGGGGUGGAGGGGCUGCAGCUGGACGCCAGCGGACAGCUGUCGGGCAUCCAGAUCGUGGUCAUAGAGGACAACACUCAGGAAGAACACAAGGACAAAUGAGACUCUCUUAUUUUAUCCCGCGGACUGUCAGACUUUAAAUACUGAAUCUCCGAAUCCAAUCUUUGCCUUGGCCUAAGACCAAGCUCUAGGGGAACAGUCUACCUGCCAGCAAUGUGAACCCGGAAAUGUUGAGUACCCCACAUUUUUAUGUUAGAAUGCAGUUUUGAGAUCCCUAAAACGUUCAAAUGGACCCAAAUUCAUCAAAAUCAGUCCCCGGGAGUACAGGUAUGGCCACUUUCUGGUUAAAACUGCUCUGAAAAUGGCAGAAAUUAAUUCAACAUCCUCAAUAACUAUUGUAUGUAUAUGCUCAUUAAUGCUUAUUAAUGCAACUUAUGCUAAUUUAGCAUAUUGCCCAACUUGUGAAAGUUAGCUGGGGACCCGUACUUUAUAUUUCUUACAUAAAAACGUUGGGGUAAUCGACAUUUCCAGGUUCACGACAGGACUCUAUGAGCUGGUAAAUAGACUAGUAGUCAUAGCCAUAUUUCCUUUUUUUGGUGUGUGUGUGUGUGUGUGUGUGUGUGUGUGUGUGUGUGUGUGUGUGUGUGUGUGUGUGUGUGUGUGUGUGUGUGUGUGUGUGUGUGUGUGUGUGUGUGUGUGUGUGUGUGUGUGUGUGUGUGUGUGUGUGUGUGUGUGCACAUGAUCCCUUAACAUUUGUAUUGAAACAAAGAGGCUUCACAACAACAAAUAUUCUGUUGCUUAUGUCAGUUUUGCAUUUUAAGUACAAUUGCGGUUUAUUACAACUUGAAGUAUUAGUAGUUUUGGCUCAGAUUUCUAGCUGUUAUAAUGACAUUGUACUCAUCAGGUUACAUACUGAGAUGGGGCAGAACAAAAAUCAAGAAAUCUUACAAAAAAAGUGUUUGUGUGCCCAAAGUUUUCCUGUACGAUGAUUCCCAACAUGUUGUGUGUUCACUUGCGGUUUUAUUAAAAGGGCUGAAUUAGAAUUUCCUUAAACAUGGUUUCCCAUCAGGUCCAUAGCUGUGAGGAGAUGUCUGAUUCGGCAAGAACAUGUUAACAUAAUUACCUUGGGUACAGAUUUAGAGCUAAAAAGAAUACUUCAUCAUCACCAAAAUGACCAUUUGUAUAUCAAUAACUCUCCCUGUAUUACCUUGAACUCUUGGAGAAUAGUUUCUUACAUGCUUCGACAGUGAACGGAAAAUCUCCAAAUGUAUGAAAGUCUGGAUGAAUCCAAGUAAGACGGGACCUCGUAAAACAAAACAUACAUUUACAAACUAACUUACACAGACAAAUUCAAGUCUCAUUUGUACAGUUCUGCUCAUAUUACUACCAAUCAGUUAACAUUUCAAAAUAGAGGAAAACCAUUUCAUUUUUUAAAGAGAUGUACAGUAUAAUUAGCCUGAUGUCUAACCUUUAUUUUGGUCAUGAUGGUGCUUCACAUCUACAUUUACAAUACAAAAUCUUUAGUGCAAAAUACUAAAGUAAUCUGUCUCCCUGCUCGUGUGUGUUGCCCUUAUCUCAUCAGCGACCUUUAUCAGUACAAUGUCUUUUAAAACAUAUAGAAAUUGUUGCUAAAGCUCCAAAACCACCUGAGUUGUAAUGAUGUGGAAUCCUCCUUUAAGCCACGUGAGGACAGAAGAGCCCUGCAGCUGUAGACACUCCACACUUCACACCUCUCACUGUGGAUCAGACUCAUUACCAGGGACAGUGUUGGUGUCGCUGAUGCACCGUGGGAAGAAUUGCACUGUUUGUAUCGUGGUGUGUUGUUUCGUCUGUCUGUGACGACAGGAAGACAGUUUGCCUGCUCUCUGAACAUUUCUUUAGGAUUGUUUUUAAUGUGCAUAGUUUAAUGAAAACUCCUCUCACUGGAAACGCUCAUGUACGUAUUCUCUGUGUUUUUUUGUAUCAUCCUCACACUCCAUGCAUUUCCUUCACCCAUCUCAGUAUGAUAGACAGUGUGAGCUACUGGGCUUUAAGUCAAUAUAUAAAGUUAAUGUCAAACUAGGUAUGCAUUUAUUUUACACUUGUAAAAGUAGUGUUAUCAUAUUUAUUGGUUUGCAGACUAAAGUCAUAGGCCUCUGUUUAAACAUGGAUUCAUUGAUGGUUCAGGCUCGCAUCAACACAGUCCGGUUCUAUCAUUUCUUAUUAUUUAAUUUAACAAAUGAGGUUAUUUGCAUUCUGACUUUGUAAUGUGUUUUAAUAUGAGAUUAAAACUGAAAAAUAA